GCAUCUAUCCAUCUGCUCGCCUCAGGUGCUGUCGGCCGCAGCCAUGUUCCGUCUGCCCCAGAUCGCCCGGCCGGUCCCAAGGCCUGCACGCUUUCCGCUGCCCAAGCCCGCGAGCCCUCUGACACUGCAGGUUAUCGUGCUGCCCACGAUCAACGGCAAUGUCGUCUUCCACUCCCGAUUCCUGACCCCGCGCACCCCUUUUGAGCGCUCGGCCCUCGUCCUGGGCUACGUCUUCCGCAAGUGGCGCUAUCAGAUCUCGGAUUUCUUUGCCGCCUACUGGAACCGGCUGGGCCAUUCGUGCUCGCUGGCGUCGCCAGCCGCUCUCGGCCUCUGGAAGACCGUGAGUCGCUGGGUCACUCGCCGAUCCGUCGAUGAGUAUUUUCUGAAGACGGUCCCGAGCAUCACCCAGAAUAUCGAGUUCCUCUAUCCGCCCAGCCUCAACGAGGCUCUGCUGAAGAGCCAAAUCUCAAACUGGAUCCAAGACGACAAGCACAGGCGGAUGCUCGUGAUCUGGUCCAUCUUCUUCCCCGGCUCGCUCUACAUCGCCAAGGUCCAUGUUGCCUUGGCCAACCUGUUUUUCACCUACAACGUUUUCCGGGUCAACUCGCACUACCGCGCCCACUACGGCUUUCGCACCCUACGCAAGCUCAUCGACGAGCGCAAGGUGGCGUGGAUCCCGUCGCCCGAGCUCGAGAGCGCCAUCAAGACCAUCACGGACGAGCUCUCGCAGACGAACGUCGCCAAUGGACUGAAGCCGCUGCAGUUCCAUCCCUUGAAGGAUAUGGACGACGAGGUGGUCACGAGGCUCGAACAGGACCUCAAGGCCGUCGAGCUCUCUCGCUCCUACCGCCGGACCCGCACCGAGUACUAUUUGUACAAUUAUCACCUUGUGCCCGAUCGCAAGGCUGUGUCGUGAGCAUGCGCCAUCAAGCCAUCGAUGAUUGAAGCAUCCCACCUCGUUGCUGGACAUUGACUUUGUCGACCAAGAGUUGGGCAAUGGAUUUGUCGAUGGUCCGUCUCAGCCAUAGUCACCCCACCUCCAAUGCCACGGAUUCUCAAGCUCACU